ACCGGCAAUGUUACAUAUUCUGACACACUCUCCACACCAGUUAUCGAUAGAGUUCUUUACAACGAUGGCAACGAAGUAAUUUCAGGCAAUUUAUACUCAGCCAAAAUCAUACUCAAAAGUAACUUAACAAUUACAAAGACAUAUUAUCUCUUUGCAACAGAAAGCAACGCUUCCAGCGCCUCUGUCACUAGCGUCAAAACAUCACAAAAUGUUAGCACUGCAACAGCCGUAGCAAGCACGAACAAGACAGAAUGGACUUUCAAAGUUAACGCUCCAGAGGAUCAUAAUAAGACAAAGUUACUUGUUGUUGUUGAGUUCGCCGCCAAUCAUACAUCCGAGUUAGGUACCGGCAAUGUUACAUAUUCUGACACACUCUCCACACCAGUUAUCGAUAGAGUUCUUUACAACGAUGGCAACGAAGUAAUUUCAGGCAAUUUAUACUCAGCCAAAAUCAUACUCAAAAGUAACUUAACAAUUACAAAGACAUAUUAUCUCUUUGCAACAGAAAGCAACGCUUCCAGCGCCUCUGUCACUAGCGUCAAAACAUCACAAAAUGUUAGCACUGCAACAGCCGUAGCAAGCACGAACAAGACAGAAUGGACUUUCAAAGUUAACGCUCCAGAGGAUCAUAAUAAGACAAAGUUACUUGUUGUUGUUGAGUUCGCCGCCAAUCAUACAUCCGAGUUAGGUACCGGCAAUGUUACAUAUUCUGACACACUCUCCACACCAGUUAUCGAUAGAGUUCUUUACAACGAUGGCAACGAAGUAAUUUCAGGCAAUUUAUACUCAGCCAAAAUCAUACUCAAAAGUAA